UAUCAUUUUGCUCACGUUCUCUCUGUUUUCUUCUGGAAACAAGCAGCUUCCACAGAAACUCUCUUCUACUUCCCUCACAUUGAUCUCCGCUUCAAGCUUUCUCCUUUUCUCACUCAAUUUUCUCGUCUCUUAUUCUUCUUUUUAUCAGCGAUGUUCGUCUACAAGGUUCUAUACCGUGUUUCCAGAACCAUUUCCCGAAGCUCCACGCUUCUCUCUGCUUCGCAAAGGCACCCCCAAUACUUGUCAACCUUCUCCAAUCACUUCCAUUCCCUCCUUCCCCAAUCGCAAACCAAGCUGAUUCAGGUUCAAGCCAAUUUGUUAUAUCCACCAAUAAAUCCUUCUUUGGCUCCAAGAUUUGGAUUUUCUUCAUCAGCAUCACCUGACGAAAAGGAAAAGGCAAAUAAUGUGGGAGAUUCUACAAAUGAUGACCCUGCCAAAACAAGUGUGGAUGAGAAGGAAAUUGAUCAGGGUGAACAAGCCAAAGGUGCUGAUCAAAGAGAAGAAUCAGGUUCUGCUUCUGAUUCUCAAUCUCAAACCCCCAAAAGGAGGAGAAAAAGUUCUAAACGAGUUGCAUUUUCUGAUUCAGAUUCUGAUAUAGAGAGUGAAGAUCUAUCAAGGGAUGAUUUAAUUAAGCUUGUUGCUGAGAAGGAAGAACUUUUGAAUUUGAAGCACAAAGAGAUUGAGAAAAUGCAGGAUAAAGUUCUGCGUACUUAUGCAGAGAUGGAGAAUGUCAUGGACAGAACUAGACGUGAAUCAGAGAAUUCAAAAAAAUUUGCCAUACAGAAUUUCGCAAAGAGCUUACUAGAUGUUGCGGACAACUUGGGAAGAGCUUCCUCUGUUGUAAAGGAAAGCUUUUCAAAGAUUGAUGCAUCAAAUGACACCUCCGAAUCCGUAAAACUCUUGAAAACACUUUUGGAAGGUGUUGAAAUGACAGACAAGCAACUUUCAGAGGUACUUAAAAAGUUUGGUGUUGAAAAAUUCGAUCCUACAAAUGAGCCCUUUGAUCCAAAUAUGCACAAUGCCAUCUUCCAAGUUCCUGACAGCUCCAAGCCUCCAGGCACCGUUGCUGCUGUUCUCAAGGCAGGAUAUAAGCUUUACGAUCGCGUUAUUCGCCCGGCUGAAGUUGGUGUAACCCAAGCUAUGGAGGAGGAUAAGAAUGCAGCUGAAUGAUAGACUAGGCAUUAACAUAUGGUAACUAGUAAGAGCUCAUAGGAUAAAAAAAGAGAGAUUCCUAAGUGAGUUCUUAUUGGGAAUCAUCUAAUUUUUCUUCCAAAUAUGUAUCUUUUCAGAGCAUCAUGACCAGUUGUUUACCAUUGAGCAAUGGACUAUUCUUUUCUUCUAAGCUUUUUAGAGUGACAAUGAUGCCAUAAAGAUGGGUUUGCUACCAUCAGAUUUUGGUUUGUAACAAUGCUGCUUACACUGAUUCUUUAUAGUAAAAUUCUUGGUAGUGGGAGGAUGCAACCCUUGUAGUUGUA